GGCGGAAUGGGGGAUUCGAACCCGCGGCUCGGUCCUCCAGGGCCAUAGAGAGGGCGGGAUAGAGCGGCCGAGCGCUUUCCCUCCUGCAGCCGCGGUUCCCAUGGAGAUGGAAGAUGGCGGCGCGGAGCCGCCAGCGCUCCUCGGCUCCGCUGCAGGUCCUGCUCUUCCUCAACGGCUGGUACAGCGCGACCUACUUCGUUCUGGAGGCCUUCAUCUUCGCCUACAAGGUGCUGCUGCUGCCGUACCCGCUCACCAACCUGCUGCUGGACGUGCUGCUGCUGCUGCUCUACCUCAGCAUUGAGGCCACGCGCAUCUUCUUUGGUUCCAAGGGCAACCUGUGCCAGCGCAAGGGGCCUCUGGCCGUCUGCCUGGCCCUGACUGUGCCAGCAGCCAUCAUGGCGAUCUACUGCCUGCUGCUGCAGACCUAUGCCCUGCGCCUGGAGGCCAUCCUCAGUGCCAUCCUCCUGCUCUUCUACUCUAUGGAGCUGCUGCUGGGCGGCCUGGCGCUCGCCUCCUUCUCUAGCAUGGAUGCAUACUGAGGCCCUGCACCAGAGGACCACAGCAGCGCAGGUACACGAGAUGGCAGCAAGCAGGUGGCACAGGCUCCAUCUCCAGCCUGUGGUGGUGAGCCAGACCCACACUGGCACCUGUGGGCAGUGCCAGGGCUGUGCCUGGGUAGCACCCACCCUGCUGCCACCCAGCCCCGAGGUUUGUGACACACAGGUCAGUCCAAGGUACAGACAAUUUGUUUUUUUUACAGCGUUGUAAGAAGAAAUCACUAUUUUCCAAUAAAUAGUUAUUUUUAUCUGG